AUGAAUGUCUAUAACCAAUGGGCCAAUGCCGAUUUCUCUGCCCAAUGGUGUUACGAGCACUUCAUUCAACACCGAACUAUGAGGAGAGCAAGGGACAUUCGUGAUCAAUUCGUGGGUCUUCUAGAGCGUGUGGAGAUCCAGCCUAUGAGCAACCCUGUCGAUCACACUGGCAUUAGAAAAGCCCUUACAGCAGGCUUCUUCUACCACACAGCGCGUUUCACAGGCAACGGGUACAAGACGAUAAAGCAUCAGCACACGAUACACCCCCACCCAAACAGCGCUUUGGUCGAGCAGCAGCCACGGUGGGUGCUCUACCACGAGUUGGUCUUUACCACGCGCGAGUUCAUGCGACAGGUGACGGAGAUUGAUCCACGCUGGCUCACCGAG